AUGGCUUCAAUGAAGUGUAAAAGAGAGUCUUCGCUGUCACCAUCUUCUUCUUCAACACGUCAAUGGAAAUAUGAUGUAUUUCUUAGUUUCAGGGGUGAGGAUACCCGUAAUAAUUUUACUGACCAUCUAUAUGUUGCUCUGCAACGAAAGGACAUUUUAAUAUUUAGGGAUGAAGAAGAACUUGAGAAAGGAAAAUCUAUUUCUGAGCUCUUCAAAACAAUAGAAGAAUCACAGUUUGCUAUAAUCAUUCUCUCAAAAAAUUAUGCAUCUUCUACAUGGUGCUUGGAUGAGCUUGCCAAGAUUGUCAAAUGCAGGGAAGAAAUGGGACUGAUAGUUUUGCCAAUUUUUUAUGAUGUUGACCCGACUGAUGUACGGAAACAAACAUGA